GGCGGAGGGCGGGCGGCAGUCGGGCCCGGCCGCGCAACGCGUCGCGCCGCCCGCUCUAGCGAGCCCCGCUUCCGGCCACGCUCAAUAUUACACAUUCUCGCUUUACUUCACACAGUCAGGAAUGUACACUUCAUCUUUAUUAAAAUACCAUACCGAAUAAAGAAAGCCUAAUUGAGGAUGUGAUACUUACAAUGUUACAUUAGCCAGUGUGAUCGUGCAGUGCUAAGUGUUACUUGUGCUAGUGAUGGGCGUGCAGCAGUAGACGCGAUGGAGACGCUGCGGACGGUGCGGGACUGGUGGCUGGUGGCGCCGCCGUGGGGCUUCGCGGCGGAGCGGGACGAGCGCCUGUACUCCAUGUACACCUCGCGGCAGCGGCAGCGCGCCGUGCCGCGCGUGCUGGCGUGCGGCGUGCUCAUGCACGUGUGGGAGCUGCUGGUGCCGGGCACGCGCGACGUGCCGGGCGCGGCCGCCAGCUCGCUGCUGGAGCUGGCGCUGGUGCUGGUGCUGCUGGCGUCGCACGCGGCCGUGGGCAUGGGCCGCCGGCUCGUGGCGCACGUGGCCUGGCUGCUGCUGUGGAUGCAGGUGCUGUCGGCGGCCGUAGUGCGCGCGGGCGACUCCUACAACGAGAUGCUGGGCUGGGCCGUGCUGCUGCAGUACCUCACGCUGGCCGCGCUGCCCUUCCACUUCAUGGUGCUCAUCUCCUACAGCGUCAUCACUUUGAUAGGAUUCGUCUUGUGCCAGUACUAUAAUGCGUGCAGAAAAGGAAGAUUACCCGAAGAUUUUGCUUACCAGGAGGCGGCAAACUUCACCCUUCUCCUGGGGGCGUCACUCCUGGGGGCCACAGCCUACGCGGUGGCGGAGCGCCAGCAGCGCUGCUCGUUCCAGGAGACCAAGCGCAGCCUCGGGGACAAGCUCACCAUCGAGCAGCAGAGCAAAGAGCAGGAGCGGUUGUUACUGUCCGUGCUACCGGAGCAUGUCGCAGUCCAGAUGCGGAAGGACUUGGGCCUCAUCGACACGCAGUUCAAGAAGAUCUACAUGUCCCGGCAUGAGAAUGUCAGUAUUCUGUACGCCGACAUCGUCGGGUUCACGGCGAUCUCGUCGACGUACUCGGCGCAGGACCUGGUGGCCAUCUUGAACGAGCUGUUCGCGCGCUUCGACCGCCUGGCCGAGAAAUACCAGCAGCUCCGGAUAAAGAUUCUCGGCGAUUGUUACUACUGCAUCAGCGGGGCGCCGGUCGAGCGGCCGGAUCACGCCGUGCUCUGUGUCCACAUGGGCUUGUCCAUGGUCAAGGCUAUAAAAUACGUGCAGCAAACAACCAACUCGCCGGUGGACAUGCGAGUGGGCAUCCACACGGGCGCGGUGCUGGCGGGCGUGCUGGGCCAGCGCCAGUGGCAGUUCGACGUGUACUCGCGCGACGUCGAGCUCGCCAACAAGAUGGAGAGCAGUGGGAAGGCCGGACGAGUGCACGUCUCGGAAGUGACGCUGGGCUACCUGAACGACGACUUCGAGGUGGAGCCGGCGCACGGCGAGCGGCGCGAGGAGAUGCUGCGCCAGGCCGGCAUCAAGACGUACUUCAUCGUACGCGUGCUCAAACCUUUUCAGAGUGGCGAGGAGAGGGGCGCGGUGGAGGCGGCGGCGGGGGCAGGGGCGGGGGGCGCGGGGGGCGAGGGGGACGAGCCCGACACCCUGUCCGACCUCCGCGACGACGACGAGGACUCGGUUCUAUCACCGCAAGAGGAAUCGGUGGACGAUAGUGAAGAGCUGAAAAUACUUGAGAUGUUAGAGGAGGAGUUGGUCAACCGCGAUGACGACAAGGAGCUGGCGGAUGCGACCACGUUCUGCCUCACGUUCCGCUCCGAGGAGGCCGAGGCGGCCUGGACGCGGCGCCGCGACGCCUGCCCGCAGGCGGGUGUGGCGCCGCCGCUGCUGCUGCUGCCGCCCGUGGCGGUGCUGGCGGGGUUCGCCGUGCCGCCCGCGCAGGCGCUGCACGCUCUCUACCUGGCCCUGGUGCUGGAGACCGGCCUCAUCAACGUCAUCUACUACGUGUGCUACCGAUAUGCUGCUUAUAAGAAAAAGACAAUAAGCCCAUACUGGAAAUUAACGUGUGGGUUGUUCAAUAUUGGCAUGUUCAUCGCGGCUAACAUUACUCCUCUGAUAAUCUGCGGCAACUACGAAGCGGUGCUGGACGACGGGCUGGCGGAGGGGUCUCUGCCGCACGCCGGCGCGCGCCGCUGUCUGCACCCCUCCUACUACUACCAGGUGGGCGCCGGCAUCGCAUGCGGCGCACUAUGGGUCUCCCCGCUGGGCGGGCUGGCGCGCGCCGCCCUGCUGCUGGGGCUGGCCGGGGCGCACGCGCUGCCCGCGCUGUUGUACCCCGUGUUGCUGCGCCCGCGCAUCGACCUCGACCGCGACCCCUACCUGACCAUCAACCAGUCGGCUGUCGACUACGACUUCAUCGUGAAUGUUGUGGCGCCCAUCCAUCACAGCCGGCAUAUAUUGAUGCUGCUGUUAAUAGUGCUUGGUCUGCUGAUAUUCGACCGAUAUAGCUCAGCUCUAGAGCGCGCGCGGCACUCCCGCGGCUCGCGCAUGGCGGCGCAGGCGGCGCAGGCGGCGGACCUGCGCCGGCGCAACCAGGCGCUCAUCCACAACGUGCUGCCGCCGCACGUGGCCAGCCACUUCAUGGGCGCCAAGCACCACCACCGCGACCUCUACAGCCAGAGCUAUGCUGAGGUCGGAGUGCUGUUCGCCAGCAUGCCUAAUUUCUCUGAGUUCUAUUCAGAAGAGACCGUCAACAACCAAGGACUCGAGUGUCUGAGGUUCCUCAAUGAAGUCAUAUCCGAUUUCGAUUUGCUGUUGGAAGAAGCCAAAUUCAAGGAUAUAAUAAAGAUCAAGACUAUCAGCUCCACCUACAUGGCUGCGUCAGGCCUAAACCCGACGAGACAGAUGCAGCCAUCGGACAGCGUGGUGGUCCGCUGGGCGCACCUGGCGUGCCUGGUCGAGUUCGCGCUGGAGCUGCAGCGCGUGCUGGCCGCCAUCAACGAGCAGUCCUUCAACCACUUUGUGCUGCGCAUGGGAGUCAACCACGGCCCGAUUACCGCCGGCGUCAUCGGUGCCAGGAAGCCCCACUAUGAUAUUUGGGGGAACACGGUUAAUGUGGCCUCGAGGAUGGAGAGCACUGGCAAGGCUGGCUGUAUACAGGUGACAGAGGAGACGUGCGGCAUCCUGCAGAGCUUCGGCUACUACUUCGAGCAGCGCGGGCUGGUGGCGGUGAAGGGCAAGGGGCAGCUCAUGACGUACUACCUGCAGGGCAAGCGCGACGCCGCCGUCGUCACCACCACGCCCGAGGACGACCCUGGAGCGAUGGUAAAUACUCACGAAGACGGCUCCAGCGAAGCCCUCCUGGCCAACGGCGGCGCCCCGGCCCCUGCCCCCGCCCCGGACAGUCUACUGGCUUCAGCGGACUAACUCACUUCUAUCGACUCUACAGAUCACUCUCGAGCAAUUUCUGCAAAAUAACCUCAAAUCUGAGCUUACAUUCUUCUAAUAAAAAAUAAUACUUACUUACUCAGUUUUAGGUAACUUUUGCUGUUAUUAUCAAGAUUAAAUAGCGCGGAAUUAGAGAUACUGGAAGUAGUUCCAUGGCAUCAAUCAAAUAAAUUUAAAAACAUGUGAACGCAAAGCAUCGAUCCGUGCCUUGAUAAUGAUCAACUAGGUAUGUUAUCUUAUAGUUAUAACAAUUUAACGUUUCUGAUGUACCUAUGUAUGUUGUUACUUACAGUAAAGGCAGUCCAAAACAUUAGAUACCUACCGUACGCGUAGCGUGUUUGGUAUGCUCAGAAGGAUAUCAUUAUAACAUAAGUAUUUAUGAUGCGCCUAUCACUAUGUUAUUGGGGAAAUCAUAAAAUAUUUAUUCCGCAAUUUACUUUGGUGGCUACGCUGAACAAACGCCUGCAUCGUCCGUACACACCUAGAUUCCAGAUGUGCAAAGUAUCUACAGUAAACAUUAAUAAUACGGUCGAGCCAACCAUUCACAUAUAAGAAUGUACAAAUCUAGUGCAAAAAUACCUCUGGUUUAUCCCUUCAGGCGGCUACAGGCAUUGCAGUGGUUUGCUACUUUGUGUCUUCGUACCUACUAACUCGUGGAUAAUUUCCCUUUUCUUAUAAACAUAUCCUUCAGAUGUAAUUUA